AUGUCUGAUGAAGAACGUGAAGAUGACAACGACAAUGAAGACAAUGAAGACAAUGAAGAACAGAAGGAAGAUGUGGAUGAGAAAGAGGGAGAUGAGGAGGAGGAGAAGGAAGCUGCUGAGGAAGAAGAGCCUCCCGUCUCCAACCCUCUCACCGAGGAACACUUCAAGGAAGGCCUCUCGCUUUUGUGUAAAACCGGCAAUGGCUUGGCUCACGCCUUUGUGAAAUUUGAGGCCAGAGAAAAGGAGUUGACGGACAUCACCCUCAUCCAGAUCUUCAUCCACUUGCGCUACGUGGACCUGUCUGACAACCUGCUCCGAGACCUGUCUCCCUUGUCAUGCCUCACCCACUUGCUGUGGCUGAAGGUGGACAACAAUCGGCUGACCAGUGCCGCCAUCAAUGAGCUGCCCUAUCUCCAGAUCGCCAGUUUUGCCAGCAACCGCAUCAAGGAUACCAUUGGCAUUAAUCACCCGCGCCUGACCACCCUCACCCUGAAAGGGAACGAGAUCGAGGAAAUAUCAGGACUGGAUCCCGUCAAGCUUUCCAAUCUGCACACGCUCGAGUUGCGGAGUAACAGCCUCAAGACCACAGCGGGACUUUACUUGCCUAAACUGAAAUAUUUGUACCUGGCCCAGAACUCCAUCAGCAGUCUGGAAGGGCUGGAGAAUAUGACCCAACUCACGACGCUGCACCUCCGCGACAAUCUGCUCGAAAGUCUGGAUGGCUUCUCGGAAAGCAUGAAAGCUCUUCAGUAUCUCAACCUGCGGGGGAACGCCAUUGCCCAAGUUGAGGAAGCGGCGAAGCUUCAGAUGCUGCCCAUGUUGAGAGCCCUGGUCUUGCUGGACAACCCGUGUUCAGAAGAGGGGGAGUACCGGCUGGAGGUCCUGGUGCAGCUCCCCCGCCUCGAGCGCCUCGACAAGGAUUUCUUCGAGGAGGACGAGCGGCUCGACGCGGAAGACAUCCGGCAGCGGCGACGGGAAGAAGAGCUGGAGCAGGAGAGAGAAAGGGAGCGAGAGAAGGAGUUGGAGCUGGAGCUAGUGAGACAUCAGGGGCUAGCGCAAGAGGGCACAGAUGGUUUGGGGGGUCCGUAG